AUGGAAUGUUUUGAAUAUGAUAUAUUAUUAGAAAUUAGAAGCCAAAUGAACUAUGUUAGAAAUGAUAAAAAUAAAAGAGUUAUAGAAUUUGAAGAUGGAUUAGAAAUGCCAAUUUUUAAAAACAAUGAUUUUUCAUGCAAAGAUAUAGAUUUAAUGACUUCUCCAAAUGAUAAAAAUUUUUCAACUCCAUUAAUUGAAAUAAAUAACCCUAAAUAUACAUUUCCAUUUUUAUCAAAUACAUUUUAA